AAAACUCGGCAGCCCCGUAUCCAGCACAUUCCUGAUGCUGGGGUAUAUAUGUAUAUAUAUAUAUAUAUAUAUAUAUAAAUGUGUGUGUCUGUCGACCACCAACCAUCCCGUGAAUCUUUGCUAUCCUAAGCUGGCCGUUGGGAGAUGAAUCGAACAAAGCAGCCACCAUGAUCAGGGACAUCAACUUCGGCUAUGCAGCCCUGCUGCUGAUACCGGGCCUUCUGCUCACCUUCUCCUUGUCAAGAAUCGUCAGGCAAUUCUUCUAUAAUCGAAAUGUUGAGGCUGCCGGCGGGGUCCAUGCUCCAUCCUCUUCCAAUAACUCUAUUACCCUUUUGAAAUUCAUUCUGGAGACCGCGGACGCACUGAAGAAGAAUAAAUUGCUUGAAAACUUUAAUACAAGUAUCGAUAAAUACGGAACCGUCUCAUGUCCAAACUGCAUAGAGAUGAAUCUCACGGGGGACCAACGUAACAUAUUGACUCGCGAGCCAGAGCAUGUCAAAGCCGUCCUGACUGGGAAAUUUGCCGACUAUGGUAAAGGCGCAGAGUUUCAUGACCUCUGGUCUCCGUUUCUAGGCGAUAGUAUUUUCACCACCGACGGCAAGCAAUGGUCGAACAGCAGGAAUCUGAUUCGACCCAUGUUUGCGAAGAACCGCGUUAGUGAUUUGGACAUAUUCGAACGGCGCACAAAGAUCAUGCUGGGCCUGUUCCCUCCUGCCGGAGAAACCUUUGACUUGAUGAAUCUAUUCUAUAGGUUGACGAUCGAUAUAACCACGGAAUUUUUGCUUGGCCAGAGCAUUAACAGUUUGGAGUAUCCAAAGGGUGACUUCGUCGACGCCUUUGAAGAAGUGCGAAGAAUUCAGAUGCUUCUCACUACAAUCGGUCCAUUCCAUCACUUCUAUCCCAGACGCGCCUAUAAACGCGGGAUCAAAAUAAUCGACAAUUUCGUCCUCCCCUUCGUCCGCAAAGCUCUCGAACUUCCCGAAGAGGAGCUGCAGAAGCUGAGCCGCUCCGAGCGCUCCUUCACUUUCUUACACUCCCUUGCCCUCUUCACCCGCGAUCCAAAAGUGAUCCGUGACCAGAUUGUCUCCGUGCUCCUCGCUGGCCGCGACACAACGGCCUCCACCCUCUCCUGGACCUUCUACGAGCUAGCCAACUAUCCAAAAGUAUACGCUAAACUCCGCGCCGAAGUCCUCGCCACUCUGGGUGAAGACGGCAGGCCCACCUAUGACGAUUUGAAAAGAAUGAAGUACCUCCGGAAUACCAUAAACGAGACUCUGCGCUUGUACCCAGCGGUGCCGUUCAACGUGCGCUCAGCACUUGCAGACACUACCCUGCCAACUGGCGGAGGUCCGCAUGGGGAUCUCCCCAUAACCGUCCUGAAAAAUGAUGUCGUGAUCUAUUCAACACUAGCCAUGCAGCGCCGGAGGGACCUCUAUCCGCCGGUUUCAGAUACGUUCGCGGACCCGGCCAUCUUCUCACCUGAGCGCUGGGAGUCGUGGCAACCCAAACCUUGGACGUAUGUGCCAUUCAAUGGUGGGCCACGUAUCUGCAUUGGGCAAAAUUUUGCCCUGGCGGAGAUUGCUUAUGUGGUGGCGAGAAUGGCGCAGAAGUAUGAGCGGAUGGAGUAUGCAGGAAAUUGGGCGGGACAGGAGUAUCGGACGGAGAUUGUUGGGUGUCCGGAUCAGGGGGUUCCGGUAAGGUUCUUUGAGGCGGGGAGCAAGGCGCAGUAGAUGCCGAGAGUUGAGUACGUGUUUUGUUUCGCGGGAAAAAAAUGCCAGGGUUGGUUGAUGGGUGUAUUCCGGACAUAUGCAUGGAUUCACGCAAGGAUGUGUAUAAUGUUACGUAUGAUGAAUUGAACAAGAAUGAUGCCACGGUUGCCGCUUAGUUGAAUUAUGACAGAUGUUAGGAUGCAAUAUCGCAGUGGCGGUUUUGGAACCCGUAGUUUUAGCUUGCUGAGGUUCGUUCUGGCUUCAUACUAGGCCAACAGUGCCCUUUCGGUCCAAAAUUUACUCUCCCCUCAAACCAUCCUGUGCCAAGAAAUCUCCUUGUUCUUGCUCCCUACAUAGUCGUGCACCCAGUCACCCAUUGAUCCAUCAAUAUGGACAGCUGGAUGGUAUCGAAGCUUGAUCACCGCUACCAAAGCAUUUCAUUGAUUUCCAUGAGCCCCAAUUCUCUGACAUCAACAUGACGCAAGGAAUGAAUAAGAAGCAAUGGCUAAUGCCCUCU